AUGUUUUUAGCAGACGUUUCUUACUCACCCUCCACCAACCCUCCCUCUCUCACCCCACCUUCCACCAACCCUCCCUCUCUCACUUCACCCUCCACCAACCCUCCCUCUCUCACCCCACCUUCCACCAACCCUCCCUCUCUCACUUCACCCUCCACCAACCCCUCCUCCCUCCAUGUGCCUCCUCUCUUUUUCCAACCAAUGGCUUCUCCCAAAAAAUUCCAGCGGUUGCGAAUGUUUCCUGGAAGUUUUUCAGACAUGCUCAGGCACACCCCUGUAUCGCGGUUCAGAGUGAGUGGUGACCCGUGGUACCAAGAGAUUGUAGUGCGGUAUAGAGCAAGGAGAACGGAGGAGGAGAGAGAGGGGGUGCGAGAGAGGAAUGAGAGGGGGCGUGGGGGCGAGGAGGAGGCAGGUGGAGUGGCAGCAGUGGGUGUGGGAAGGGAAGAGAGUCGAAGGGAACAGGGGCAGCAGAGGGAGCACGGGAGACCACAGCAAGGAAGGCAGCAACACAUGUUGGGCCUGUGGUGGAGCGGGUGGGGGGGAGGGGGGGAGGGAGGGAGAGGGCGUGAGGAGGGGAGGGGGCUGGAGAGGGGGAGAAGAAGGCACGGGCACAGGAGGCAGCGCAGGAGGGAUGGACCAAAUAUGGAGAUGAGUGUUCUCGAGGUUAGCUUGCAUCCACAGAGUGAGGAGGUGCAACCUGUAUCAUACCCCUCUCCGGCAGGAGCAACCCAUAGCCUGCCCGAAUUACACCCCUCCCCAGCACCAUUCACUCCGGUCGCAGCUGAUCCUGUGCCAGUGUACUCGAAUCUUUCCCUCUCCCUUGCGUCCUCUCCACCAGCUCUACAAAAUUCUCUUUCAACUCCCGACUCUGCUCAUUCUCCUGAUCCCUUGCUAGCGUUCUCCCAGUCGGUCGCGGGUGUCUUCCGCAGGCUUCAGUCCGCCUGCCUGCGGAGAAGUCGACUUAGGUGCCACAGCUUUGGCGCCAAAGUUGGCAGGGGCUGCUGGCUGGCAACGAGCGGGAGCAUGGCGGCGUGCAGCGUGAAUCUGAAGAGGGUGGUCCUCUUGUGGAUCAUUGCAACUGGAUGUUUGAGUGCUUGCGUGGCAGGUGAUGUGCCGUCGUGGCCCGGUAGGAAGGAUGCAAGGCGGACUUCCCGGGAGUUGAGUGACGGUGGUGGUGCUGGUGGCCCCUUCAACGUGUUCCCUGCACAGUCCUAUCUCAACGUUCUCAACUUCAACAUCCCACUGCCUCGCCUGCCCCAGCUGCCCUUCCCCUUGAAGGACAAGUUAAAGGACAAAUUCAAUAAGUUCCAUAAGUCGCCUCCGCCCUCCCCUCCUCCUCCGUCCCCUUCCCCUCCUCCUCCCUCUCCCCCUCCACCCAAGAAGUCCCCUCCCCCUCCCAAGAAGUCCCCCCCUCCUCCUGAGAAAAAGUCGCCCCCUCCUCCCGAACACAAGUCGCCCCCGCCGCCCGAGCACAAGUCGCCCCCGCCGCCCAAGCACAAGUCGCCCCCGCCGCCCAAGCACAAGUCGCCCCCGCCGCCCAAGCACAAGUCGCCCCCGCCGCCCAAGCACAAGUCGCCCCCGCCGCCCGAGAAGAAGUCCCCCCCUCCGCCCGAGCACAAGUCCCCCCCUCCGCCUGAAAAGAAGUCGCCCCCUCCCCCCAAGCACAAGUCACCCCCUCCCCCCGAAAAGAAGUCGCCGCCGCCGCCCGAACACAAGUCUCCCCCGCCACCCAAACACAAUUCUCCUCCUCCGCCCGAGAAAAAGUCCCCUCCUCCGCCCGAACACAAGUCACCCCCUCCCCCCAAGCACAAGUCCCUUCCUCCCCCUGAGAAAAAGUCGCCCCCGCCGCCCGAACACAAGUCUCCUCCUCCACCCAAGCACAAAUCGCCCCCUCCGCCCGAGAAAAAGUUGCCACCCCCGCCUGAGAAGAAAUCCCCUCCUCCGCCCUCUCCCUCUCCUCCUCCUCCUCCCCCACCCCGCAAGCCGUCCAAGAAGGACCAUCUCAUCAUCAUCCUCCUGAAAGGCGCGGCAGUUCUGGUGCGCAAGGCACAUGGCAUCCUUCCCCCUGGUAACGACUCUCAGAAGGAGGACCUCAGGGAUGUGGUGAAAGCACUGGGUGAUGCAGAGGUGCUGAUUAAUGAGGGGAGGCGGGAGUUGGUGCGGGAGCAGCUGGAUAAUAGUGUUGCGACUUUGGAGGAGGUGGGGAGAGAGCUGCAGGGCGGGUGGGUGCAGGAGCAAGCUGCAGGGGGGAUGAUUGGGCUGGCUCGAGUCGAAAUCAUGAAAGCCCAGGCGCUGUUUCAGGAGUGA